AGUAGCAUGGUGCUGGACCGACAGGAGCAACGCUUUCUCAUUCAGAAGCACAAUAUUUCAUUAGAUGGCCCAAUCCCCCCAGAUAAAUGGCCUGCAAAGUAUCAUUCUCUCUUUCGAUUGGUUUGGGAAGCGGACAGGGUGCAGUAUAAUGAUUUCAAGCACGCCGGACUGGGAAAUCCAAUCGGCUCACGGCUGACGACUGGGGAAAUGUGCACCCGCGUCGAAAGACUCGUCCAGACAGCGUAUGAUUUGCGUCGAACAUGGGCCAAUGAGUCUAUGUGGAGAGCUACGAUAGAAAACUUCAUUCUUGAGCCCUUCAAUGCUGAAAGUGGAUCUCCUCAGUGCAGCGGAUGCUACGGGGUAUCGCACUUACUAGCACCGCUGCGCAAUACUGGCCCUGCGGAGACCCUUUGUGAGUGUGGCGAAGUAGAGAAGAAACCUUCCUUUUCCUUAUCAUUUGUCAAAUUUGCAAGUCACCGAAACUGCCGCCUUCUGGAUGAGUCGAUGCCGGAAAUCGAUAAAAAGGUCCUGUCGCACCAAAGGGCCGAUCUCGUUAUUGGGUUUCAGAAGACCCACGAAUUCCGUGAGAUAUUGUCCGCUCACCCGUCUAUUCAAGCUACAGCAAUUGAGGGUAAGGAGGAAAUAGUCUUUCCAUUUUUACUUCUCGAAGCCAAGUCUGAGAAGGACGGUAUCGGAUUUGACUCAGUCGAGAGGUGUGCAGCAUUCGGGACAAACGCUUUGUUAGCCCUACAGAGAGACUUAUCAUUCAAGACAAUUCAGGCUGGUUAUAGAAUAAAUCCCAUAGUCUGGCUUUUGGCCAGCAGGGGAGACCAAUGGGGAGUCUACGCGUGUGUUCCUGAUCAGUCGACCACACGAAUGAUCAAGUUGUGGGAGGGUUCAAUCUACAGGCAUGACCAUGCAUUGCAAUUUCUCCUCAUAAUCGAGAUGCUAUGUGACUGGGCAAGGAAUAUCCUCGCAGACCAACUGCUUCAUGGUAUAUGGGGACCUAGUGGCGCAUGCGGUACGCGCCAUUGUUCUCGUACUAACAGCAAGUUGGAUGGCUUAGCAAAAGCUCUUCAGGUGACGCAAGUCAGUGAGACAACAGGAGCCAGCGACAACUGGGCUACGUACACUAAAGAUGCCGUGAUACGAUCUGAAACAGACAUGCAAUACCAGUUUCGAUCCCUCUCCCUGCCAGAAUCAAGAACGCACCUUACUCGAAUCCUUCUGGCGAUUGGAGGGACACGCCACUUUUACGAGGCAGCCCGAAUGUUGGUAGCAUAUUUCACCCUGGACGAUCCCCUCAUCAUAGGAGCAGGAUUCAUCUAUGACUUACACCACAUUUGGACCAACCGGCCUUUGGACAGAAUCUCUGGGGAUCCAGAACGGAAUUUCGCCGGUCUUUCCUUUCGAGCCUAUUUCGACUACUCAAGCUGCCAAUUGACUCAGGAGCUGUCGUGUGUUACCGCAUCAAUCACAGCAAUGGAACUUCUGCUCAGUAUCCUAUCCCCGUCCGAGAGGGUGAUUUUCACACGUAAUGAAAUAACGCCAUCACUGCUUCUGCCGGGGACAGUUGAACCACUUCGAGAUGCAUCCGCUCCCAGGCUUACGCGAGCUGCCAUUAAGGACUUAUACCUGCACUUACAAGUCUCUAACCAAGUAGCGGGAGCAAAGAGUUGGGUUCAAGACCACAAAACUGACCAGUUCCUCGAGACCUUCUGGGCCGUGGCAGAUGGUCAGCGGAAAAUUUUCUGGAGGUGUCCCCGUCAAAUAUGCUCUACUGCAAAACGAACUGUGUUCCCUGAUGCUCCCGAAGACAGUGACAUUCUAGACCAUGUAACACGCUUUGUGACGGACCAUGAUCCGGUUACCCUCGUUUUAUUACAAAAUGGAGGAUCGACGACGCGAUACUGCUGUGUUGUCAAGAAGGACGACAGCCCGGAAGACCUCCCAGCAGUUGGACAGAAGAUCCAUACGCUUCUCCGCAAUCGGCCAGGUUAUUUCACCACUUACCAGCGAGACUACUUGGUUGGGUGGGCUGAUAGUCUAAUUGGGAAGGCAUCAGCCUGAUCCUUAAAACGCUGGAUGGGGAAUGCUGGCUCCCUUACUCCGCUGGAUUUCUUGGUUGUUGCAGAGGGGCUUUCAUUGGCCCAGGACCAGGUCAACGCAACCGAAUGCGUCAAUGUUGAAGAUUUUUAGGUAGUUGAGUUUUCUUGUGCAUGCAUUAAUCCAUUAAUACAGAAAGCGCUUUUGGUUGGACACGUAAAGGACCGAAGUAAUGGAUAGUCGACAGGUGGUUCCAAG